AUGUCUGCAUCAAAAGAAGAAAUUGCUGCCCUUAUUGUAAACUACUUUUCUUCUAUCGUGGAAAAGAAAGAAAUUUCAGAAGAUAGCGCCGAUUCCUUAAAUGUUGCCAUGGACUGUAUCUCUGAAGCCUUUGGCUUUGAGAGAGAAGCUGUCUCAGACAUUCUAGAAAGGUCCGAAUUCAAGGGUCAAAACUUGACUGAUAUGCUAAAUUCUGCGUCAAAAGCCUCAGAAUCAAAUAAGAAAGACGAUGCUGAGAAUGUCGAAGUUAACAUUCCGGAAGAUGAUGCUGAAACUAAAGCCGAGGCUGAGGACUUGAAAAUGCAAGGUAAUAAGGCAAUGGCUAACAAGGAUUACGAACUUGCGAUUAAUAAAUAUACUGAAGCCAUUAAAAUUUUGCCAACAAAUGCUAUCUAUUACGCCAAUAGAGCAGCAGCUCACUCAUCCCUGAAAGAAUAUGAAGAAGCAGUCAAAGACGCUGAAUCUGCAAUUUCCAUUGACCCAUCCUACUUCAGAGGCUACUCUAGAUUGGGAUUUGCUAAAUAUGCGCAAGGCAAGCCCGAAGAAGCCCUUGAAGCAUACAAAAAGGUUCUUGAUAUUGAGGGUGAUAAUGCAACAGAAGCUAUGAAAAGGGACUACGAAAGCGCCAAAAAGAAGGUUGAACAAUCUUUGAAUCUGGAGAAAACAGUUCCAGAACAGUCGAGGGAUGCUGAUGCUAAUGCUAGUCAAGGCGCUGGUGUGGGCGGAUUGCCAGAUCUUGGUUCUUUAUUAGGUGGUGGUCUUGGAGGUUUGAUGAACAACCCACAAUUGAUGCAAGCUGCGCAAAAAAUGAUGAGCAAUCCAGGUGCUAUGCAAAAUAUUCAAAAAAUGAUGCAAGAUCCGAGUAUCAGACAAAUGGCUGAAGGCUUUGCUUCGGGUGGAGGAACUCCAAACUUGUCUGACUUAAUGAGUAAUCCAGCGCUCAGAAACAUGGCAGGCAAUCUUUUUGGCGGGUCAGAUACCCCAUCUACAGAAGGUGCACCAGACAAUGAGAACAAACAAUAG